CUUCCACCUUCAUCGUCCUCUUUCACAUCCCUCCUGUCAUCGCAUCAUCGCACCAGGACAAUGUUCCUCCAACGCACAGCUGUCUCGCUCGCGAGACGCACUCCUGCCAGAGUCCUCGCCAAUCGCUCUUUCUCCACCUCCGUCAGCCGCUUCAACAGCUCGAAAUGGGAGGUUAAGCCGGCAGGCAAGAUCGUUCCUCUUGAAGAAAUCCACAAUUCUGAGGACCUUCUUCCUCCCGGUGCCAAGCCCGGUACUGUUCCCACCGAUUUCGAGCAGGCGACCGGUCUCGAGCGUCUCGAGCUCCUCGGAAAGAUGGAGGGUGUUGAGAUCUUCGACUUCAGACCUCUAGAUGCGUCUAGGAAGGGAACUUUUGAGGACCCCAUUGUCGUCAACAGCGCUGGUGAUGAGCAGUACGCUGGAUGCACCGGGUACCCCGCUGAUUCCCAUGGGGUUGUUUGGCUGACAGUUUCUCGUGACCGUCCCUUUGAACGCUGCGGUGAGUGCGGCAAUGUCAUCAAGCUGAACUAUGUUGGUCCGAAGGAGGACCCUCAUGCCCAUGACCAUGGCCACGGCCACCACCACCCGCCCCACGAGGAGCCCAAGACGUUUGUUGACUACGUCAAGCCCGAGUACUGGUACCGGUAAAUACUUCCGCCUAUGAUGAGCACGUGAUUAUCACUUGGCCGGAACAUGCGAGAGCGACGAGACAAGGGAGGAUAGGUCGAUGAAAAGCAGAUACCAGGAACCAUUGCCAUUUCCGACUGCCUUCUAUCCGUUCUUGUGCUUUCCGUGUAGUUGUAUUUGCCGUUUUUGGUAUUGGAUUUUUGUUAUUUUGUAGCAUAGUUGAAUAUGAAUUGCAGUGUAGCAGGAGUGUAGUAUUGAGAAAGCCCAUAACUUGAAUGUCCCGCUCCUAUGAUGUCAAUGUUUGCCGGUAUUUUCUGGUGACAACGGCUCGACUCACUGUAUGUACCCAGCCGUUGGAGCCAUACGACGAGAAUCUCACCGUCUAAGGCCAACAGACAAAAUCGUUUGAAGCUAUUUAGGAUGGUCUAAUAGAACAACCGCCUUAAGGAAUUUCUAAUAAAUAGUACGGGUUUA